UGUCAUUUUAAUAUAAGGUAGGUUAGUUUAAAAUAUUUUUUUCUAAAAUAAACGCAAAUAUAUAAGAUAAAUAUGGAUGAAUCGAAUGUAACAGAAACUGAAGAUAUUGAGGACAUAAUAAUAAAAGAGAUACCUAUAAUUCACUCAAAAAGAUUAGAAAAUAAUUUAUUUUUAUUCCAAUACCCUCUAAAACAUAAAACCUGCACCAACGAACAUCGUAUAAAAAAAUGUUUCUAUAAACCUGAAAAUGAGCAGGUGAAAUUAGAACUAGGCAUUGAUGUAGACUCGCCAAAUUUUGAUACAAGAAGGGCUGAAAUCAUAGCACAAGAAGUUGAUAAGGAACCUGAAAAAAAUAAUACGAAAUAUUUUGAAAAUGAGAUUGUAGAUAAAGUUUUGUUGCAUUCUAAUAAGACUGUUAGGGAUGCCAAUAAAUAUGCAGUUGCAUUGUAUAAUGGCAAAGAAAUUCAUCUCACUGCUUUAACAGGUGUUUUUCAAUUUAGACCUUCAUUUCCUUACAUGGAAAAAAGCUUGAAAAGAAAAAAAGAUGUAGAUAAUGAUGAAUCAGAUGAAGAACAACCUGGACCAAGCUCUGCCCAACAAGUUACUGUAAAAUUUAAAUCACAUGAUGAGAGGUGGAAAAAGUCAGAAAAAAGUUAUAAAGUAUUGCAAGAUAGAAGUGCUGAAGAACCUUGGACUGAAUGUCGUUGGCAUGAUGAAGACAGUACCUUUAGUAGUGUGGAGAAACUCAAAUUAAUUGCCGACAAUACUGAAGAUGUAAGUACAGCAACUUCCUUGGGAGAUUCAGAGUAUUUAAGAUUGUUGAUUCCUGAGGACCAAGAACAGGCACCUCUUGAACCAGUUUUGCCUUCCCAUUUGCUCUCUUUAAAUGCCCUAAGGGCUUUACCUCUUCAGGAGCGGUGCAGGGUUCUGCUCAAGGAUGCACAAAUUAUCAAAUUUCAACAAUUACUUAUGCUGUUGACUGGCGGAGAAAAGUUAACUGCAGAUGCCUUACUCAAAGUCCUUCCUACUGUUGCUGUGCUUGUUAGAGGUAACUGGGUUGUAAAAUCUGAUGUCCUGUAUCCUGCCAAUACUUUCUCUGCAACUAGUGGUGUACCUGCAGAGUUGAUGUGUAGAGCUAGAGAUUAUGUUUUGUAUUUAUUUACAAAACACCAAUAUGUUGAACGGAAAAAAGUUUCAUCGAUUCUUAAGAUCCCUUCAGAGGAAAUCAAGGAAAUUUUCACUGGCAUAUCAAAACUUCGUCGUCACAACAAGGAAUGGGAAUUGCAUCUCCCUGCCGACCAAGAUUUCAUCAACAAACACGGCGAUCUGGUGCAGAAACAAAACCUUAUGUGGGAACACAGGUUUCAUCAGCUUAGUCAAUUUUUAAAAGAUAACAUGAGUCAAAGAAGAAAGAGCCGAAGUGAAAGUAAAAGUGUCAGUGACGAUGGUAAAGCUAGAAAUAGCCUUAGUUUUAGUUCUGAUAACGAUUCGGGUACUGAAAAGGGGAAAUCUAGUACUAACUCACUUAAAAAAAAUAGUAACAAAAACAUUAAAAUUAAUAAUCAAAUGUCCGGUUCGAAUUCAUGAUAUAACAGUGAAUUAUUUAUAAAAUUUUAUUGUUGGUAGUUCUAGUAAGGAAUUACUGUUUUUAUAUUUGAAAUUGAAUAUAUUGUAAAUAAAAUUUUAUUAUACG